CGGACCAAGUGGUGGUGAGUGGCGGUACUGUCUGUCUUCGUAUCAUGUCAGCAAACCUUCUACUCGCAAAACACGGCUUCGGCUUCACCUUCAGUUGGAUCAUGUCCAUCGUGUCUUCUAGCUGUCCACAGCAGGCAAUUACCGCAAGAACCGGAGUGUGUUGAUUCUUCUCGUGUGGUGUUCGAAAAAAGAACACUACCACAUUCACUUGUAUGAGCGUUGCAUCACCGGGCUUUCGCUUUCCUCUGUGUUGCGUCAGUGUCGUGCGUCAAGUUCGGAAGCCAGAAAAAAGCUGAAUAAAAAUGGCCCCCGCUCCUGCACCGUCUUCCUCAGCCUCCUCCGCUGGUCCAGUGCCUUCCGCAGGUACUGGUUCUGGUGCCGGUCUAUCGGCAGCUGGUGCAAUGUCAUCUUCGUCGUCCUCAGCAUCGCCCGCUCCUGCUACACUCAGUAGCAAUAGCGCGAAAUCCUCGGAUAAUGCACGUAGCCGCGCGCUCGAGUUGGCGCAGUAUGUGCACGACAUCCAGAAGGAGAUCGAGAAGGUCUCCGUCGAAAACAAGCGUCUGAGGACGUCGUUGCUGCAGAACCUGGAGCACCGGUACGCCCGCAUCUUUCGCACGACCGACCGCGUGGCGGUCAUGGCGAUUUUCGCGCAGUGGAAAAUCAUAUGGAAUGCAAAAGUAUUCACCGUACUCGUAUGAAUGCAUUUUCAUUUACAAAUUUCCUCAGCAUGAGAAACAAAAUUUCUAAUGCUGAUUUGCCUCAAGAAAAAAAUCUGUAAUGCAUGACUGCAAUGCGAGUAUGUACGAUACUUUUCCACAGGAUAAAUCAUCGCGAGUAACUGCAGCUUUCGAAAGGAACUGGCAGAAGCAGAGCAGACGUUGCGCGAGGAGAAACAGGGUAAGUUCUACUUCUAUUUAAAGGCGCAAUAAGUGAAGACCUUGCUGACCAGAGCACGUUGUCCUUGUCGUUGGUUUGAGUUUGUGGUCACGCUCUCGUGAAAAUGAAAUAAGGAUGCUGGAAGUAGAACAGCAAGAAGCAAAAGCAAAUGCACCUCUAGCGUUGCGUGGCACGACCACGACCAUUCUUGCGGGCAUGUGCGGAUGAAGUAAGUAGCAGAAACGAAUUGUGUGAAAAUACGAGUGUGCAAUCCCAAUCCUAUCCGAACCAGCAUCAUUUUUCAGGUUACGCCGUGCACAUCAAGGAGCUGGAAGAGAGCCACGAGGCCGCGCAGAGCCGCAAUAAGGUGCUCGAAGAGGAACUCGCAGGUGAGAUGAAAAGUUUUCAAAUGCUGUCUUUUAGGAAAACAAAUCGUUGUUUUUGAGAAAUACAGAGCAGAUACAGCAACAGUGAUCUCGUCUCUCAUUCUCAUAUUAAUCUCAGUUCUUCGCGACGAGCGCGCGGCCUUGGGGCGCGAAGCAGAAACCAAGCGCCAGCGCGUGGAGGAGCUCCGUCGAGCUGUGGACAACAGCACCAGCUUCAUCAGCGAUGUCAAAACCAAGUUGGAUAGGUACUACUUAUCUUCAAGAGGAGGCAUCUAUUAGAAUGGAAACAACACAAGCACGAACAAGCCUGAAGACCACCAACUCUUUGACGUUCGCGACAACCAUGCUGUCAUGUAGUUGUAACUGUAACACUAUCAAAAGAGCAGAUGCAAAUGGCUUUGUAUUACUAUGAAAUCUUACUACAUUGAACCUCUUUGUUGGUCUUGUAUCAGCUACCAGCCGAGCGGCCUAGUCACCAGCGCCGCUCCCCCGCAGCCGGAGCCGAUGCAGCGGGAAGCGGAGUUUUUGAAGCGCGAGCUGCAUUUAAUCCUCCAGAAAUUGGAUCCCUCGCACAUCGUGCCGCCGAUGAACAGUAUUAUGAUUGAUGUUUGCUGAAGACUCACUACGGUUUUCUUUUCAUCCACAUCAUCAUGUAAGUAAGUCUAAGUACAAGCAGAAGCAUGUAGAGUGAGGGUAGACGGACUGGUGAGCAGCGAUUGAGUGGUCUUCACCACAAGAGUCGACGUCACGAAUUUGAUCACUGUAAGUACCUACUGCCAGAAAACCAAAACGCUCAACAUCUCUCUGCAGUUCUCCCCAGCACGGGCGGCCCAGCAGCUUUCCCCGGGCUGUCAAGUGGCGGUGGCGCCGUGCCAGGAGACCACCUUCAAGGCGGCACGCUGCAACUGGUUCCCUCCAUUUCGGUUGAUCGACAUCAAUCCACCGCGCAGCGCGGCUCUGUGCCCCGGGUCUUCACGUCUGCGCAGAAUGCGGUGGCGGGGGGAGAGGUGAUGUUGCAGCACCAGCAGAACAACAAGGGUGCCGUCGAAGUUGAUGCCACCUGCUCGUCGAACUCGAGCUCCUCCUCGUCGUCCACAGGAGCACUGGGUAAGAACUCCAACACGGUUUUGAAGUUGGUGAAGACUACCACCACUCCAAUCGGCUUUCGCUCCCCGGUGAACACUACAACCGCUCCGUGCAGUGGUCUGAACGGAGGUGCUGGUGGAGGUUCUGGUUCUCCUACUGGUGCAACCGCAGGAGGAGCAGGUGGACCACUUGUACCUCCUUCUGGAAGCAGUGCAGCAAGCCUGAUGCCGUUCGGUGGAGCAGGACAGCAGCAACAGCAGCAGCAGCAGCAUCUCGUCGCACCUUCCGUUCUACUUAACCCCAAUCGGUUGUCGACCGGAGCUGCAACGACUGCCGGUUCAUCUUCUUCUUCUUCUUCCAGUGGUCCUGCGGCAGCACCGCCCCUGAGGAGCAGCAUCAGCCGCCAAAGCACUCCCGGUGGAACGACUGGUAGUAAGAGCAACAAUAAACCUGGUACUAGUCUUCUACAACUCCAGCACCAAAAUCUCAGUGGCCAUCACCAGCAGCUGCUAGGCAGCACACCUCCAGACAGUUCAAAGCGGUCUGCGUCUGGCGUGCACGCAACGGCGAGCUCACCGGAGGACUCGAUCGCGUCCUCUGGCGGGGGAACGACUGCGCGAAAUCCACUGUUUGCGACCACGCAGCAGCAGUUACACAAAGUAAACCAGAACGUCGUCCGCGCAGCGUCGUCCUCUGCGGUACACCAGAUGCAGAGUUGUUCCAGUAAAAAUUUAAGGAACAGCUUCCAACUUAAUCCCCGCGGGGGCAACAAUAAAAUGCCAUCACCGGCGGGAGCUCCUGUAACCGGGGGCGCCCCCCCGGCGGGGAGCUCUUUCGCCAACCAGACUGGCAAUUACAUUGGGAGCAGCUUGCUGCAGUCAGGAGGGAUCUACCUCAGCAAGCAUUCGCCCACGACAGGAGGACCUCCACCCGGAGCUGCAGCCGGCGCGGGAGCUGUAGAUCUGAUGCAAGAACCGUCAUCGAGCACUACAGUAACAGACCACGAGGGUUGUGCUGUAACAGGUUCUUCUAGCAGCUCCAAUAACGGCGGCACGGGCCGCGCAGCCCCGGUAGACAGUUCGGGGCAAGGAACGGUGGUCAAUACCGCGCUGAGCAUGGGCUCCGCAAAGGAUACUGAUAACGUGCAAGAAAAUGAAAUAUUCAAGACAGGUUUUGGAACUACUACCACUGCCCCAGGAGCACCACCAGCACCAUCUUCCGCUACGAAGAAGAUGUUUUACCGGUCGCGCUCUCCCGAUCCGCUCACGAGCGCUUUGAAGCUAAACCAUGCAGGUGGAGGAGCACCAGGUGGUCCGACAUCUACUUCGAGCGCAGAUUUUCAACAACGGAGCAGUAGCACGUUUCAUCCGAGUGAACGGAAGUGGAAGCGAGCCGGUCUCAGUCCGACGGUGGCACCUCCGAACGGUAACUCGAUGGUACAACCGCACUGGUCAACAAGAGGGGUGUCGGGGACCCGAGUCGGAGCGGGUGUGGUCGUUUCGCCCCUGGACGGUGGUGGGGCAGGAGCCGGUGUCGGUACGGCACUGAACCCACACUCCGGCCUGCUUUCGACGAAACUACCAGGACCGAACUUCCGCUUCUCGCGCCCCCUGCUACCACAACCCUCGCCACUGCAUCCGCGGUGAGAAUGGCGGAGAAGCGUGUUUCGGUGUGUAGUUUCUUUUCGGAGAAGCACAAGGGUCCAUUGUUGCGGCGCAAAAAGGCCGCCGAAUGAGCCAAGCAGGUUGCCAAAAACUGCAAGUGAAAUUCGAUGGCUUUCCUAGCGCUCGCUGGCAAAAUAGAUAUAAGAGUCUACUACUACAAGCUGUACUGUGCGCCGGAGCCCCUCUUUUAUCCUCACGAUUGAGGGUAGAAGGAGAUUUCAAUUUCUGAUUUACGUAUUAAUCACGCAGAUGGAUCAUUCUCCGCCUUAUUUGGUGCUGCAGACAAGCGAAACCGAAACGCAAGGCAUUUAACACUCAUACAAAGUCAAUAAGGCACGUUUUUUUCGCGGCCUUAGCAAUGUCACGGAACAAGGAUUUAAUAUAGAAAUUGCAGUGCCUUCUGAAAAUUAUCGAUGAAAUUUUGUUGGUGUCAUCAUCGUUGUCCAUCCGGAGACGAAACACGAGAGCUUUCCGCAUUAUUGAAGAAACGCAGGACCAUGGACCAACAUGCAUUGAGAUGAUGUUUUCUAGGCGAUUAUAAUUUCCAGGCGAGGACGAGUCCGAGUCCCCUACUCCGCCCUUAAUUUCGUAAUCGUGUGGAUGAUUCUUCCACCCG